CCAUACAAAUAUUCCCCUGCAACAUGUCGUACUGUGUACAAGAAGGGAAAGACAGAAUUGUAAUAGCAACUGUAGAGGAUCUUAACAAGCCUUGCAAAGCAAACAUUACUAUAGAAAAGCCUAAGGAAGAACCAGGAGCCAUAUUACCUGAUGGUUCUAUAAACUGGGACUGUCCAUGUAUUGCAAGAGAUUUGACUGGACCUUGUGGUUAUGAGAUGAGACAGGCUUUAGCAUGUUACACUGAAGGGGUAUCGUCUCCAGAGUGUCGAGAGAAACAUUUAGAACUACAAGACUGUUUACAAAGUCAUGCAGGAUUAUAUCCAUGGGUCAAUGAUGAAGAUGGUAGUGUAGAAAAAGAGGCAGUUAGACGAGCAGAGGAUAUGAUCAAUGAGGCUGAAAAGAAAUCCUGACAAAUUACUGUAUAAAAAAUUUUCUAUUCUUGUAUUAUAAAGCGUAUUAUCUUA